GCUAAGAUUACCUUGGCUCUGCUGCCACCUUAACUUCUUCCCCCUUUCCCACCUUCUGAACACAAAAUGAUAGAAGCAGUUGGAAGAGAAUGAAAAGAGAGAACACAAAAUGAGGAAGAGAGAAGAGCAAAGAAUAGACACUGAAGGAAUAGACACUAUCUUUCCCCCUUAGGUCUUUUCAGUGUUUAUCUGAAUAAGUCUAGAUUUGAUGAGCACCAUAUCCUCUCUCUUAAUGUUCCUUUAAUGUUCCUAAAGCUGCUACAAAGCACAACUCAAUUAGCUUGCAUGUAAUCUGAAGCCUCUUGGUGUAGUAGCAACUGCAUCUGAUUGGACCAGGCAAGAAAUCUGCCGUUUGAAAUCUGGUUAAUGCAAUGUUCAAGGACCCCAAGGAUAAAAGUAGGCAAAUUAGGUUUUGGGUAAGAACUUGCUUGUUGAGUGUAACUGACUGAACCCAGACAAAACAGAUUAAUUCAUCAAGAAGGUUUGAGAGAAGAAAUAAAAUGGAACCACACUUUGAUUUAGAACACAUGUAUGUGGCUUCCCUUGUUGCAAGUGGAGUAUUUUUUCGAAGUCAGGGCAGCUAAUUUGAAAUUUAUUGGGUUGGCAUUAAAUUGCAGAUAGGCUCGUUGAAUGUUUUCAGAUGUGUUAUCGCACUGGCAACCACCGCUGAAUGAAUGUGGCUGUGGUGCAUGUACCUGAUGUGAGUGUGCUGUAGAAUGGGAGAAUAAGAGUCAGGCUUUUUGCAGUGCUGGCCCUCAGCCAAGGUGAUUGUCAUUGGACUGCAGAGGAGGGCAAAUGGAUGAAGCCCCCUUUCCUCCUAUUUCAGUUCAGUAUAAAGCAGGGGCCCUGUGCUAGCAGUUUGGGAUUAGAGGUACCUCUGCUAUCAGAGGUAGUAUGCCUAUGUAUACUAGUUGCUGGUGUACAUAGGCAUACUGCACCCCUAUCAGCUUGUGGGUUUCCUGUGGCAUGGAGAUAUUCUAAUCUUCAUUCAUAUGAUGUUACUUACAAAAACAUCUAUGCAACCAUCACAAAGUGAGACACAAAGUUAGUAGGAAAUGCUGCAUUACAAAUACACAUCCAGUAAAUAUUCGGUUACCUGCACAAGAGCCCUGGAAGCUGAAAUGGAAUGCAUGCAGGCCAAGAACUUAGUUACAGCAGCUGUAAAUAAGAUUUGAACAGAGAUUUCCCACAUGUUCAGCUGCUGUUCAACGUCACUCUUAUAUAUACUGGGAAUGUCCUGGAAAAUACCUUGGCUGUAAUGUUGAUUAUGGAAAGAGGGAAAUUUUGUAGAUGAACUUUGCAGGCAAACAACAAUAUGGAACUGUUUCUUUCUGAAAUCUUAAAUUUGGGCAAUAUAAGUUCCAAAUGUGUAUGUUCAGUUGUCGAUCUCAAAGGGACCAAAGGGGGCCAAAACACAUUUUAAAGACAAAAUGAGUGUGCAUAUGUUUCUGCAUAGAUACAGUUAUGGACAUAGACACAUUCUGUUGAAAACAAGCAGGCUGAGCAAGCAACACUGGGCAAAAACUAAGAAUCUGGAGGCUGCCAAAAAGCAUCCCCAACCCUAUAUACCUGACAGCCACGAGAAUUGCAUAAAAUGUUUCCAUCUUCCAACAGUUUCUCAAGGAAAUGACCAAAAAGUUCAGGAAAUUUCUUAUGCCACUACUGAUAAAGCAACCUCCCCCGUGAAAAAGGAUCAGAUGGAUGAAGAUAUUUCCAGAUUUACUAAUGAACACUCAGGUGUCAGCAUCUCUCUUCAGAGAAUUGCUGCAGUUCCAGAUGUACCAACAGCAAGACACUCAUGCCCAUUGGUCAGUAAAGGACUGGUGCAAAAUGUUGGCAACCUAGAUGAUUGCUGCUUAGGAAUUCUUCAAAAAAAGCCACGAUCACAUACUACUUCUGAUAAUUGUUGGCCUUCCUCUGGGACUUGUAACUUUGAAUUCAAAGAUGCAAACAAGAGCCAUCCUUGUAACCUUGUGUGUUCUCAGGUUACUACUCCUAUUUUUGUAAGGUCAAAAACAGACUGCAGUAACAUGGAAUCAAAUUAUCAAAAUGAGCCAUCGAUCCACAUCACAGAAAGAGAACAUUCCACAGAUGAAGAUUUGCAUUCAUCUUUAAAAGGGCAGUUCACCUCCACCUUUCAAACUCCACCUAUUUUGCUCAAAUCAAGGAUGCUUACUGAGGUACCUGAUUCAGGUAAUCCUUUGCCUGUCUCAGUGCAUGUGCAGGAGAUGAGCAGCUCUCCUGAUCACCACAGCUGCACAGACAAGAACCACCACUGUACAGAACGAGAUAGUAGCCAAGAAAACAUUUGCAAACCUGGCAUUUCUACUUUUGAAAACCCUUCUGCUUUUCAGAGCCCUGGAACACUGUCAAAAUCAUACAAAAAACAAAGUUUGGACAUGAUGAACAAGCAAACCCAUGUGGGAUAUGACGACACAAGCAGCAGCGAUGAUGAAGACAGGCUAGUCAUAGAAAUAUAACAAAGUGUUGAGGAUUUAACUUUAUAAUGGAAGGAAACAGCUCUAGGACCAGUCAAUUACUGCUCAGUCUUUCUGUUGCACCAUAAGAGUGCAAAAGCCAUUCUUUCCUUCAGCAGACAGUAUAUUAAUUUUUGCCAAUGACAUUUGCCUUCUUUAUAUGUGUUGAUGCUUUCAUGUGAAGCAAGAAAGGAGUUAGUCACAUUUCAAUGCCCACAGUAAACCUCUGGUACCUAAGUUUCUAGCUUAGUAACAUCCUUCUGUAAGUUCAAACAAAAGUUUCAGUCUCCUAUUCGUAAAACUAAAAAUGUAGCCACCCCUGGCAACUGGUGGGACAACAGGAAUCACUUUACUGCACUGAAAAGUUGGAAGUUGACAGAUGCAUCCAGCUGUGAACACACAGAAUGCACCAACUGCAGAAUUGUAUUCAGCUGUUCUGUGUUUUGCACAUUUUUUCUAUCUGAAGUUUUGCAUGAGGUCAGUGCCCUUAAGGCACAUUAUACAGCUUUUCCAUAUUGUACAAAUAUUCCCUGCUCCCUUGUGAUGGACAACACAAGCAUGCCCUGCUUUGUAUUUUGUGCCUUUUCUGCUGAAAACUAUUUGGGUAUUUGUUACUUUCUAACUCUUCUGAUAAUAUGGGUUAGCAAUAUCAGCAUUUCAGAGGUAUAUGAAACAGUACUCUUUCUGAUGCUGUUUUUCAGCUCAAGGAGGGAAAAUGGGAUUUUCUUUAACCUAAAUGAAAAUGUUUAGCUUGUCCUCCAAGACCUGAACAUAGAGAUAAAAGUACUUUCUUGGAAUUGUCUCUCUUCCUAUUUUGGUACAAGUCCAAAUAGUGCACUGAGAAUUUACUAACUUCUCUGUCUAGUUGAUAGACUUACAUUUCUCUAAGCACAACUCUGUUUUAACACUAUUUGUAGGGAUAGUGAUUUUAGAGCAUAAUUGUACUGCUGUAUUAUUUUUAACUUUUUGCAUUUUGAAAUACUUCUAGAGUUGGUGUUACAGGCUAAUGAAGAAAUAUUGUCAUACCCAUCAUGGCCUUUUCCUUGAUCAAAAGACAGGUUGCAAAGUGAUAACUGGAAACCUGAUCUGGUCAGGAUGGUUGAGAUAGGCAGGAAAAUCACUGCUAUAUACUAGUGUGCUAAAGAGAAAAGUAACAACUUCUGAAGUACUGGAAUUGAUAAAAUGUUCAGUCAGAAGUGAGUGCUUCCAUAUGCAACCUGCAGCAAGAAGCCAUUUCUAUCCAUGGAACUCACAUGCAGUUUAGAACACAAACUGCAACACAGAGUUGAGAUUACUCCCAGUUUCUUCCCUCUCUUUUACUGUACCCUAUUAAAGAUUCCUUAGCAGGGCUUUUGUGUGUUUAUCUACUCCCAACUUUCUAAGUGUGUUAGCAGGGAAGUCAAAAAUUUACCAUUUUCAACUUAUCUCACAGAGAGUGUACAAUCCAGAUCAUCGAAUUGUACUUCUUAAUUGAAUGGACCCAUUAAGGGGCUUUCCAAUAGAUAUUCUUG